GCGAUAUCAUGUACCUAUUUUUGGUGAAAGCGCCAGGCCUGGAUGCAGAUGGGAUAUGGUCAUACUCGACAAAUCUACUGAUUGCAGAUCAGUUCAUGGUCAAUAUGGCACUGGGCAUUAUACUGUUUUUGAACCUCUGCUUCAUUGCCAAUUUCCGCAACUCAAAGUAUAGCGAACAUCUGCCCUGGGGGUUCUACUUUGACAAGCUGGUGUUUCUGUUCGUGUGGGUGUUUGUGACUGUGUGCGGGACAGCUGUGACCACCGCCAAAGUCACCCAGGCCAUCACCAGCGUCGCAGUAUCACAUAUCCGGACUGCUGGUGAGGUGCUAACGUGCUGUCUCAUGACGUACUACUUUCUGUCCGUUCUGGUGCACACGGCGUAUACUGCCUCCGUGCUGCGGGGCCAAUGGAAUUUUGGCGUACGACACAGACAG